UGCUAGUGCAAUUCUGAUUACAUGUAAGAUUUAUUACAUAGUGUGCACCUACUAUUUAUUUCUUUUGAUAUAAUCUUAAUGAAGUUAUGGUAUACUUCCCGCAUGUCUUUGACAUAACACUUUCCCUCUGCAUUUCAGCAAGAUAUUCUUUAUAAUUCAACUGUAUCCUAGUUUUUCAAAAUAUGUGUGCGACCAUCUUAAUCAGCUAGGGUGCAGUUGUUAAGUGUAAAUCAUAUUAAUUAGGAUCGCCUCUCUAUCUUACGGUAGAUUUUAGUGAUUGCAAGGAUGGAGAAGGAACCGCAUCCUUAAUUCGAUAGAUAGGUAAAUAGUCUGAAAUAUACAUUUUAUUUUAGUUAGUGAAUACUUGUUCAAACUGUUUAAUAGACCUCUCGUUUAGGCUCUCAGCAGGAAGAAUCACUAAGUUCUCACUUAAAAGGGUCCUAAUGAGGCACUGCAACUCUCCAUGAGAGUGAGCUCUUGAAUGUAAGGUCCUCUUUAACCUGUUGAAAUUGUGUUAGGAAUCUGAGUAAGAUGAUGAUACUAGGCCCAAUAGUAGUUUACACAAAGUUUAAUUAUACAAAGCUUUUUUUGUAAACACUUUUGAGGUAUUGUGAUUUGAGGUAGUCUAAGACUGAAGAUCGUUCCUUAUAUAAAUUUAGUUGAAAACAUGAAAACGAAGAAAUGGUACAAUAUUGUAGAUAUACUGGACCAUAAGAUGUGAGACCAAGAUUAUAAAGCUGGUGAAUCCAUCAAGAAGAAUAAUGGAAACACUUGAAGAGUAAACCGAUAUUAUUCUAAGCAUAUUUACAUUAUUACUAUAUUUUGUUAGAUUUGAAUUAGGAAAUUUUACAUUAUUAUAUGGUGUUAGCAAUAUGUUAAAGCUAGUCUAUAGUCUUGUAUCAAAUACAACACAAUAAUAUAUCUUUUAUUAUAUAUUUUAGAGAGCCCGGCUACUAACCUAAAAGAGACUCUAUCUAGGUCUAGUGCUCUGAUCAUGAAUAUCCUGAAGCAGCUCGUACCAGAGGAUAACCUAACCAUGUCUAGAUCCACUACACAUUCUUCAACCGACGAAAGACAAUACACAAAACCAAUAAUCCCAGUUGAUCUUCUUAUCGAUAUAUUCUCGAGACUACCGUUGAAGCAUGUAGCUAGGUUUCGUUGCCUUUCGAAAUCAUGGGCAUCCAUACUUGGCAGCAGUCCAUAUUUCACCGAACUGUUUCUCACCAAGUCCUCGAAUCGUCCACGCCUCUUGUUCACCGUUAAUAGUUAUAGCAAGAUAUUGUUCUUCUCUACACCUCAGAUCACUCAAAACCCACAUGCCAACUCUUCUGUUGUAGCCACGUGGUAUAAAACGCAUCCCUGGAAGCAUCAUGAAAGAACCUCAUCGCUCCUCCACGGACGACUGGUAUGUUGUACAGAUGGCAAAGGUGAUUAUUAUGCAGAGCCGGUGAUUUGUAAUCCCUCCACUGGAGAGCUUCUUACACUACCGAAAUCGCUUUUAAAUAAUCCAGUAAUGUAUUGUGGGUAUGAGCCGACCGAAAAAAAAUUCAAAUUGUUGUGCAUACCCUCUUACUUCAACAGCAACCGGGCUUGGGUUCUGACGUUGGAGACUGGAAAACCUUUAUGGAGAAAGAUCGAAUGCGAAUACCAUUAUGUUAUGUACCCUUACUGCACUCAUCGUCAUAUGAUUUGCAUAAAUGGGGUUUUGUAUUACCUCGCUUGCAUUGAUAUCAGCAGGUCAGGAGAUGAGGUUGUGAUAGUUUGCUUUGAUGUUAAAUCUGAGAAGUUCAGAUUUAUCGAUAUAGAUUUUGAAAGCAUGCAUAGAAGAGGUUCUACUUUGAUAAACUACAAGGGUAGAUUAGGUAUGGUUCAGUUUACAGAUAACAAUGAACGAACUCUCUACAUGUGGUUGCUAGAAGAUGCUGAUGGGAUAAAUAAAUGGUCAAUAAAUAUAUAUGAACUGCCUGUUUCGUGGAAGCAUCCGUGUACCGAAAAUUUUCAAAUUGUUGGAAUGACUCGUACAUGUGAUAUUAUCUUGUCGCCAUGCAAGUUCUCAGACCCUUUUUAUGUUUUUUACUACAAUGUUGAGAGGAAGACUUUGGUGGCAAGAACUGAGAUACAAGGGUUGCAAGAAUUGAAGUGUGACCGUCCUAUAGUUAAUAUCUUUCAAGAUUAUGUAGAGGAUCUGAAGCUUAUGGAAAGUCUUUUUUAGGGCUUUUCUUUUAUUCCCUCUUUUUUUUUUAUUGGUUUUAAAGAUUGUGUAAUACGCAAGGUAACAGAAGAACACAUGAGUAUGUAGUUAUGCAGUUGAACACCUUUGUCUCGA